GCGCUUUGACAGCUCGAAGUCCGGAUGAAAAGUUCCUGUCAAGUUUGCCGACAACGACCUUGAAGAACUUGGAUAAAAGCAAAUGCGUAGCUGACAAGAGAAGCAGCAGCUGUAGAGGCCAUUGGUUUUUGACUCGGGCUCACUCACUCUGAAGGAGAGACUGUCCUAGCAACUGUACCUGCGUCCAAUCAAUGCAAGGAUACUCCUAGCAGCACAGGAAGUAACUGUCAUUUACAACAACCAGCCCUGGUACCAGAUGUGCGAUCAGCCUGCUGUUUCUCCCUGAUCCACCAGGGGGCCUCAGUCACUCACAGGGACCAGCCCUGAGUCCUCACCCUGAACACUCCGGCCCCAGUCAAGCUGUCCCACCCUCAUCCCUCUCCCUCUCCUCCUCAUCUCUUCUUCUGGACCUCACACUCCCCACUGGACCCCCUGUUGACCCUCUCCCUUUAUAGGGGGCAGGGGGAGGUGUCCGGCGGCCUUGAUGAGGAGACCCUGCCCCUUUAUGAGGGCCUUAAUAUGGAGUGCGACCUCCUGGAAAGAGUGGAUAGGGGAAGCCAUGAUGUGUCCACCCUCACUGAACUUUGUUCAGGUGGCGAUAGUGAGGUGGAGAUAGUGAGCCUGCUGUCUGAGGGACUGCCUAACUACACUCUGCGGGCGGACUGCAUGUUUGGCUACGACCACGACGACUGGCUCCACACCCCUCUGCUGCCCCCGGAGGUCGCCCUGGGACUCACACAUGACCAGAUAGAAGAGACGCUCAAGUACUUCUUGCUGUGUUCAGAGAGAGUGGGCCAGGUCACUAAGACGUACCAUGACAUCGAGGCUGUCACCCACCUACUGGAAGAGAAAGAGCGGGACCUCGAGUUGGCGGCCCGGAUCGGCCAAUCACUGCUCAAGCAGAAUCGGGAUCUAACGGCACGGAAUGAGUUAAUGGACGAACAGCUGGAGAUCGCUAAGGAAGAGAUAGCCCAGCUGCGACAUGAGCUCUCCAUGAGAGACGACCUGCUCCACUUGUACGCCAGCACAGAGGAGAUCGAGAAUGCCUCCGACUCACACGCACUAAUGAAGAGGAACGAGUCGUCCAACUCCCUCAGUAACUUUGUCAAUUAUGACUUCAUACAGCAGAAACUCAAAGGUCUGGAGGAGGAGAACCUCAAACUACGCUGUGAGGCCAAUGAACUGACGUCAGAGACCGCUAACUAUGAGGAACAAGAGCAGGAGCUGAUGAUGGUGUGUGUGGAGGAACUCACCUCUGUGAAUAAGCAGGUGGUGGACCUGUCUGAUGAGUUGGCCCGUAAGGUGGAGGACACUCUCAGGCAGCAGGAGGAGAUCAGCUCCCUGCUCGCACAAAUAGUCGACCUGCAGGCACGCUGCAAAAGGCUCACCACUGACAACGAAGAGCUGACCCAGCACCUGAGUGCCUCGCGGGAGAGCCAAUCACAGCUCAAAUCAGAGCUAAACUACCUGCAGGACAAGUACUCAGAGUGUGAGGACAUGCUACGGGAGGCCAGAGAGGACAUUAAGAACCUGCGCAACAAGAGCCUGCCCAACAGCACGGUGCAGCGCUACAGCUCCCUAUCAGCCGUGUUCCCCAUGGACUCCCUGGCAGCAGAGAUAGAGGGCACCUUCCGCAAGGGCCUGGACGUCCCCGCACCCUCCGAGUACAAGAAUCACCCGUGGCGCGUGUUUGAGACGGUGAAGGUGGUGAACCAAGCGUCGAGGCUGCGGUCGCGGUGCCACUCCCCCGGCCAGGUGCCCGGCUCCAGCCCUGUGUCGCGGCGCUCCAGUCGUGCCUCCACCCCCCGUACCAGCUACUACGGCUCAGACAGCGCCAGCCUCACCUUGGAGGACAAACCACCUAGUGCCGUAUCGAGGCUGGCAGAGGUGGCACACACUGAGGACAGCAGUGUAAGUGGCCCUAAGCGUCUGGGUAUGCCGGGCAUGCCUGGAGGCCAGGACCUUGAGGCCGCCCUCCGCUGUUUAUCUGACCGCCAGCAGAGCCAUGCCUCAGAGCGCCCCUUCUUUGAGGUGGAGCGCGAACGCAAACUCCGCGCCCUGGCCGCCACCUGCCAGCGGGGCAGCGAGGAGGUGGGCGAGCUGGGCUCCAGCGGGUUCCUUACGCCCAACGACAGCCUGGUGUCCAGCUCGGUGGCGUCGACAGGCACCAACUACUCCAAUGGCAGCUCGCUGCACUCCUCGGCCGGAUCGGGGGGCUCGCGCUCCUACCUACCUGACCGCCUGCAGAUUGUCAAGCCCCUGGAAGGCUCAGUGACACUGCACCACUGGCAGCAGCUGGCCAAGCCCAACCUGGGAGGUAUCCUGCACCCUCGCCCGGGGGUCCUCACCAAAGACUUCCGGGAGCUGGAGAUCGACCUCCAACACGUCUACAGCCUCAAUGACCUGGAGGAGGACGAGCCUGACCUAUUACAGCUCUCCCGUGGCCUGGCUGCCGGAGUCCACGGCACCAUGGUCACUCCUCCAUCCUCUGGCCCCAACCUACCCCAGACCCCUCCCACCCACACCGUCACCACCUGUCGGCGCCACCACCCAUCCCUCCUGCUCCCCUCCUUCUCCACCAGUCUUUGCUCUCGCAGCCUGUCCGCUCGUGGGAGCUGUGAGCAUCUGAGUACCACGUCGCCCUCCUCUUCCAAUCAGCAGCACUGUGUGCUGACCUUUGACCCUAGCCAGGGCAGUGGCCACCACUCCACCUCCACCCCAGCACCUCCUCUAUCACUGGGACUCCUGAAGCUGCUGGAGGAGCAGGGCAUCUCUGCCUCCACCCUCCCCUACCCUUACCACCAACUGACCCCACACAUGCCCCACAACUGCAGCGGAAGAGCGGGGUGGAGGAACAUGCAUUAUGGAGGAAGAAGGGAGAAUGAACAUGCUCAGCUUCAACCUGGUAGAGAAGCUGAGGAGUCUGGGACUUCACAAGGUGGCAGCCCGAGGCGUGGACUGAAGAGAGAACGAAGAGGAGAGAGAAGCAAUCCGACAAUACAGACAUCCACCUAGAGUUUGAGAAAGACUGGGAAAACUCCUUCUCCCCUUCCUCCUUAAUCGUCAUUGACUUCAAUCCAAAUGCUGGCGAUGCCAGUGUACCGCCAUUUUGUGUUUCGGGCCCACAGCAAUACAUUGUAAAAUGGAACCUCGGGAGAACCAUAGAGCCAUACGUUGAGUUUCUGUUACAUGUACAGUCACUCUUCUUUUUGUAAUGGACUCAUGUAUUGUGUAUAUACUAGGUCUCCACGACAAUGUGUGACGUCAUGAUCAUUCUCAGGAGAAUCACCUGAUCACCGGUCCGGCUGGCUUGAACACGAGCAAGGUUUUUUUUAUUUUUUAUUAAAUAAAAUACCUGUGUUUCGUGCGUGUCAGAUGGUUUUACACGUUUGUUUUUAUAGACCCCCCCGCUAUGCUUUUUUUAUAUAUAUUUUUUACCAUCAAAUACAAUCACAUGACCUUUUCAUUACUUUGGGAAAGAUUCAAGGUAUCGUUAUUUAAGAACCACCAAACUGACCAGAUUGUCAUCCACAGAUGUGCUGGAUUUCAGUAUGUCCUUUUGCAUAUUAGCUGCUAUUAGAAAAUGAAGCAUUUGUGGGUAUUUUAACCACAUUGACUUUACUGUGGUAAAACCACAAGCACUUCAAUCACUCCCCAUUACAGAAUGGUAGAGAGAUUGAUACACUGACUUUACUUCCUGAACGUUUGUGACAUUAUUGACAUUCACUGAGGUAUACUACUCUGCUCUUUACCCAAAAGUCCUCAUUUAGCACUCGCAGUACUGUCUGUUUACAUGGCAUCACCUGCUGCAAGUCAUUGUAAAAUAAUGCUUUACUUCGAAAUGCUGUCAAUUAUUGUAAACUUAUUUGGUCGAACCUCACCAAAGCAUUCAGGUAGUCUACCAUGCUGUAUCAAAGACAACCGAAAGUGACUGUUAAAGGUCUCGGCACUAGUCUAUGUGCUGGAUCUGUGUUAACAGACCUUAAACUAAAGUGUUGUUGGUACAAAUGUAAUUCAUGUCAUCAGGAAUAAUGAUAAUAAUAAUAAUAAUAAUCAUGGACUGCAUGCUUUUUUGGAUGCUCUUUCAGCUGUCUGGACAAUCAAUUGUAGAUAAAAGGCAUAGGAUUCUGCAGAUCAAAAGGGAAAAUUAUAGCAAAUUAUGACAAUUUGAAUUCAGCAGAAAAUGAACCAAACAGCACUACAUAUAUUUCAGAUGUUGAAAUUGACUACUCCUUGCUGAAUUCUAUGUUAUGAUCACUGAGAUGUAUGUCUGUAUAUAUUGUACCACAUGUAUAUUAAAAAGUACAUUGUAUUUCCAUCA